GGAAUGAAGGCUGACUGGGGGAGUGAAGAAGGCUGAGAAUCGUGGCCACCGGCAAGGGCGACCUUCUCGCUUUGUCUGCACAGCAGGGCUCUGUAAGGAGCCGCCAGCAGCCCGCCUCCCUUUCCUGAGCUUCUCCACACCGGGCCAGUCCGCCCUCCUCCCUUCCGAGGCCAGCUUCGGACCGGCUGCGCCAUCGCGUCGCUCCGCUUCUCGCGCGCCCGGCAGAAGCUCUCCCCGGAGCACCCCCGGGGCCACAGCGUGCUCGACGGCGCCCGCCAUCCUGCGCUGCGCCCGGCCCCGUGUGGCGCCGCUGGCGGUCUGCCCGGAGCGUCCCCCGCCCCGGCUCCGUCGUCCGGGGGCCGCCGACCCCCUCCCACCAUCACAUGAUGCAGCCGGAGAACAUGGCGCAGGCCUAGGCGAGCCAGGCGGCUGGGCGCAUCGCGUGGCGCAAGGAGCGGGAGACCAGCCGGGCGGUGCAGGGAUUCCUGGGCAGGGCUCCCCAGAGUUGCCAUGGUGAAGAUCUUCGUGGGGGGGCUGUCUCCGGUGGUCACGGCCGAGGAACUGCGCAAGCUUUUCGAACAGUACGGCCAGGUGAACGAGUGCGACAUCCUGAAGAACUUUGCCUUUGUGCACAUGGAGAAGGAGGACGAGGCGCACCAGGCCAUCAGCUCCCUGCACAAAAGCGAGUUCUUCGGGGCCCACCUGACCGUGGAGUAUGCCACCUCCAAGAUCCGCAACGCCACCAAGAUAUACGUGGGCAAUGUUUCUGCCAAGGCCACCACCGCCCAAAUCAGGCAGCUCUUCGAAAGGUUUGGCAAGGUUGUGGAGUGUGACAUUGUGAAGAAUUACGCCUUUGUGCACAUGGCCAAGGAGCGGGAAGCCAUGGAUGCCAUCUUGAACCUGAACGACACCCCCUUGGAAGACCAGAAAAUCUUUGUCACGCUGUCCAAGAGCAAUGGUUCCCUCCGGGCCACUAAGGGGGCUGCUGUACCCACCCCACCUCCCCCAACCCCAAGCUACUACUUCUCUAGGGGUCGCAUUCCCACCCCGGCCACAACAUACACGCCCUACUGUCCCAGGGCUUGGUACGACAGAGAGUAUUGCGACCGCUACUCCUAUGAGCUCUACGAUCGAGCCCGGGCUGCCUACGAUAGGGCCUUGCCUCCCCCUACACCCGCUGCCCCAGCUGCCUACAGGGAAAGAAGCCCAGUGGGCAGGCGGACAGUUGCUUCCACCGCCGUAGUGGCCCAAUACACUGAUCCUUAUGCUGCUGCGGCAGCAGCUGCCGCCGCCGCUGCCAACCAAACAUACAGCCAAGCCUACAGCCAGCCUGGGUAUGCAGCCGCUGCCGCCGCCGCCGCUGCCGCCACAUACUCCCAGUACAGCAUAGGCACCACCUACAAUGUGGCGGAAUACUACGAGAGGUACGCCAGUGCCUAUGCUGCCCAGUAUGCGCAGACGUUCUGAGUGCGGUCUGCCCCAGGAGUAAGUGUCCAGAGAUAGUAGGUUGCAUGCCAGGUGGCCGAGGUGGGGGGAGGGGCUGAAUGUUUUAUUAAUGGGGACCUUAAUCAGUGCCUGGAGCAAGCUGUACAGGGCACCCUGAUUUUUCUCCACCAUGUGUAGGUAAAUAGGCGAUGGGCUGUAACCGGAAGUGCGGUGAAUGGGUCAUCUCUCUUGCUGGUCACUCGCGCACAGGGCCGCACCUUGUGUCCAAACUGUGUAUGUGUAUAUAUGUAAUAUGUACAUCUAAGUGGUGUAGAUUUCUUUGCAGGCUCCUCCGUGCUUGUGUGAGGCAGCACUGAAGCCGUGGCUCUGAGACCCCUUUGCUGAUCAUGCUCUAACCUGCGCUGAUUUUUUUACGUCGGCUUCCUUCGAAGGUUGGUGACGCUGCCUUUCGGUUCUGCUAGUCCUUCCCCUCUCCGCCUUCCCUCUCCCCUCGCUUUAUUUUUUUUUUCCCCUCCUCCCUUGUUUUCAUCCGGUCGUUACCGUAAAGCCUGCUUUGAAGAGCCGCCUCGCCAACCCCGCCUUGCGAAUGAAUCCGAAGAUAAUUUUGCUCGUAAAAAACGUGUCUGCUUUUGAACGCCUGUCCGAGGCGACGGGUGUUUGCAACCUCAGUACACACCGCUAGCUAAUUGUUGCUUGAUGUGUGUCGCGUACAGAGCUCUGGUUCCUGGAGCAGAGCUGAGAAUAAGUCACGCGCUCCGUAGCCGAUGAAGCUUCCUAUGCUUUUGCUGUAUACCUGAGUACUCCUUUCUUUGUAUAACUGGUAAACAGAAUUUGUUCUUGUUGCCACAACUUGUUUGGUUCCUCUUUUUUCGUUUUUAAAGUGUUGAUUAUUAAACGGCUUUUACAGAA